AUGUUCCCUGAGCGUCUGGUGUCUGGCGAGCCGCUAAAACUCGACACACUAGCCGAUGUUAUCCACCAGUCGAUCAAAACCACCGGGCCGCUUCCCUUGUCGUCGUUCAUGAGACAGUGUCUCACGCACCCUACCAUGGGAUACUACACAACCAGAGACCCUUUCGGGUCACAGGGCGAUUUCGUGACGUCGCCAGAAAUAUCCUCCAUGUUUGGCGAAAUCAUCGGGGUCUGGUUCUUUAGCGUGUGGCUCGCACAAAAGACGCCAACACCUGUGCGGUUCAUGGAGUUUGGGCCCGGCAGAGGGACAUUGAUGCUGGAUGUAUUGAGAUCCUUCGACCAGCUCCACACAAAGUUCGGGGGCGAAAAGCGAGUACCGGUGGACGUACUCAUGGUGGAAGCGUCGCAGGUGUUGCGAGAGGCCCAAUGGAAGAAGUUGUGCCACGUGACGGAAGGCGAGGUGUUGCCCCACGACAAGGAGACCGGUUCCUGGAGCGCCAUCACAAAAGGCGGCGGGAAGAUUACGUGGGUGGAGAUCGAAAAAGAUGUUAAAGAUAGCGAUCAGUACACGAACUAUGUCAUUGCGCACGAGUUUUACGAUGCUUUGCCGAUCCAGCAGUUCCAGAAAACCGCCCAGGGCUGGAGAGAGUUCUUGGUUGACUUCAGAAGCGGUGAGGGCGAAAUCGUUGCUGAUUCUCCCCAAGACUUCCAUCUCGUGUUGUCUCCCAGGGAAACCCCGUUCACAUACAUCCCAAAAACCAGACCGAGAUUCAACGAUCUUCCGGUUGGCACCAAGGUGGAGGUGUGUCCUGACUCAUUUUCCUACUCUAAGGCCAUUGCAGAGAUCAUCAGUAGCAACAAGAAUGGCACUGGUGCGUCGCUCAUCAUCGAUUACGGUCCGGAGGCGACUAGGGUCCCAGAGCAGACUUUGAGAGGUAUCAGGGACCACAAGUUUGUGUCGCCAUUUAGCGACUGUGGUAAUGUAGAUUUGUCCGCCGAUGUGGAUUUUGGCACCAUUCGGGAGAUUAUGCACGAGAACGGCUGCAAAACCUUUGGUCCGGUCGAGCAGGGUGACUGGUUGAACACUAUGGGCUUGGGAUAUAGGACAUUCCAGUUGGUGGAAAAGGCCGCUACCGAAGUGGAACGAACACAGUUGGAGGACAGUUUCAUCAGGUUGGUCGCUAAGGACGAUCAGUCUAUGGGUGGUAUUUACAAGGUGUUAGCAGUAUUUCCCGAGGGCAGCGAUGAAGUGCCAGUGGGGUUUGGUGAAGGCAAGCUCUAG